ACAGAGGGAUCCAAACUGCAAAAAGACCUGAGGGUCUACCUGGCUGCAGUACAAAGUAAGACUUUCUCUGUGAUGUCUACAUAACCCUUAAGACUCCAGUCCUAGACUGAAACAGGGAGCCCAUUAAAGUGUUUACCUUGUAGUCCUUAAUUGACACGACCCGGAUAUUUGUAGUCAGUGCAGAACCAUGGUGCAUUCCUCACUACAGUCACGGCACAGCACUAUCUCCUUCACUGUCUGUCUGUCUCUCUGCCUGUCUACAGCGAUGCACGAGUCCUCCAAGAACCUUCAGGAGUGUCUGUCUGACAUGUAUGAGCCGGAGUGGUACGGCAAAGAUGAAGUGGACUCUAUCGUUGAGGUCAGAGGUCAUCUUUAUUUAUGCUACAAAAGUCAGAUUAACUUCCUUCACUGACCCAUCCCUCUAUCCCUCCUGUCUCUUCCUCUGUCGCAGUCUCUCCUCUGUCAGUCCCUCCUGUCUCUUCCUCUGUCGCAGUCUCUCCUCUGUCAGUCCCUCCUGUCUCUUCCUCUGUCGCAGUCUCUCCUCUGUCAGUCCCUCCUGUCUCUUCUUCUGUCACAGUCUCUCCUCUGUCAGUCCCUCCUGUCUCUUCUUCUGUCACAGUCUCUCCUCUGUCAGUCCCUCCUGUCUCGUCUUCUGUCACAGUAUCUCCUCUGUCAGUCCCUCCUGUCUCUUCUUCUGUCACAGUAUCUCCUCUGUCAGUCCCUCCUGUCUCUUCCUCUGUCACAGUCUCUCAGCCCUCAAUCAUUCCUUCUCUCUUCCUGUCUCUCUCACUUUCGCUCUCACUCUCUCUCUCCCUGUCUCUCUCCCUGUCUCUCUUGCUCUCUCUCUCCCUGUCUCUCUCACUCUCUCUCCCUGUCCCACUCACUCUCUCUCUCUCUCACUCUCACUCACUCACGGUCAUUCUCACCAUCACUCUCCCUUGUGACAGAAGUAGGAGCUGUACUCGUGUGUUGAGUUAGCACAGUUUGAUAUUAGAGCAUAGCUUUCAUAGUAUGAUUCUGGCUCUGAUCUAGCGCUCCGACACAUUCCUUUUUAACUGCAUUAAAGCUACAUUCUGGUAUUCGAAGAAAACAACAACAUAACGGCAGUCCUGCUAAUUGAAAGGACCAUUUAACAGCUUCCCAAAUCCCAGACUGUAGCCGUAAAUCCUCGACUCCCCCUAGCCUGAUCAACCAUCCUGACCGCAGUGCUCUCGUUGUAGUGAGAUCAGGAUGGUUGAACGAGGCUACCCUCUCCUCUCUCAUAUCACCAGUUCCCUGUCCAUUGUGUUCUUCUCAGUACCUAGCUAUACUUCUGCUAUGCUCAUCAUCUGUGCUCAUUCAUUCAUUCAUGCCUCAUUUGUCCUUCAUUAGUCCCCUUCAUUUUCUCCACAUUAUUCUCUCUCUAGUGUAACUAGAGGCUUAGAGAAGUUGGGAAAACAACAUUGAGGUAAUUGUAUUUGUUUUAAAUACUCAGUGGAGUCAUAGACUUAGGAAUUACGUAGUUAGGAAUGUGUGUAGCGUCAGACUUAUUUAAGGAGCUGAAUGGUGUGUACACAUUUGAGGUAGGCUGGUCAUCCAGCUGUAGCAGAGAGUGGGGUAUGUUGAGCCAUUUUUUGCAUUCCGCGUCACUACGUCAAGGUAAAUAUAUCAUAUUAUUUCUCACAAAAAUGUCUACGUAUACAGUAUUUCAGUUGUAUCCCGUGAAAUAAACAGAAUUCAUGUAAACAGAACAGUUUUGAAAACAUAGAUGAUAAUGACUUCUUCCUAAAUAUGGUUUCCUAGAAACAAGGGGGUGGCUCAGCUAACCCUUUGGCUCAGCUAACCCUUCGGCUCAGCUAACCCUUUGGCUCAGCUAACCCUUCGGCUCAGCUAACCCUUUGGCUCAGCUAACCCUUUGGCUAAGCUAACCCUUUGGUUCAACUAACCCUUUGGCUCAGCUAACCAUUUGGCUCAACUAACCAUUUGGCUCAACUAUCCCUUUGGCUCAGCUAACCCUUUGGCUAAGCUAACCCUUUGGUUCAACUAAUCCUUUGGCUCAGCUAACCCUUUGGCUCAACUAAAACUUUGGCUCAACUAACCCAUUGGCUCAGCUAACCCUUUGGCUCAGCUAACCAUUUGGCUCAACUAACCCUUUGGCUCAGCUAACCCUUUGGCUCAACUAACCCUUUGGCUCAGCUAACCCAUUGGCUCAGCUAACCCUUUGGCUCAGCUAACCCUUUGGCUCAACUAAUCCAUUGGCUCAACUAAUCCAUUGGCUCAACUAACCCUUUGGCUCAACUAACCGUUUGGCUCAGCUGACCCUUUGGCUCAGUGUCUGCCCUAUAUACAGGUAAAUACAUUGUGUGUGUGUGUGUGUGUGUGUGUGUGUGUGUGUGUUCUAGUGCAAUUUAAUGGCGACGUCCUUGUUUCUGUUCCGGUUGCAGGACAGUGACGUUCUGUGGACAGACUUCCAUCAGAAGCUUGUGGAUAAUGCUUUGAUAUCUAUGGACACAUAUAUGGGGCAGUUCCCUGAUAUUAAGGUAGGAUCAUAUCUGGAACAGUUCCCUGAUAUUAAGGUAGGAUCAUAUCCGGAACAGUUCCCUGAUAUUAAGGUAGGAUCCUAUGUGGGGCAAUUCCCUGAUAUUAAGGUAGGAUCCUAUGUGGGGCAAUUCCCUGAUAUUAAGGUAGGAUCCUAUCUGGGGCAGUUCCCUGAUAUUAAGGUAGGAUCCUAUAUGGGGCAGUUUCCUGAUAUUAAGGUAGGAUCCUAUAUGGGGCAGUUUCCUGAUAUUAAGGUAGGAUCGUCAUCAUCGUACUCCCUUCCUGAUGAUUAGCUUUGAUUCAUACAUACUGCCUACCGACCUGCUCUCAUCACGUGUGUUAGUCCCGUUUCUCUGGACAGUAAAGUCAUGUUGUUCUUCUUCAGUCUCGUAUCGCUAAGCGUGACAGGAAGCUUGUGGAUUACGACAGCGCCAGACACAACCACCCUUCUACCAAUAAGGGGAAGAAAGGAAAGGAUGGGGGCAUCAAGAUCACCAAGGUAACAGAACCUCUCCCAAUACUGGAUAUGUGGCCCUUUUUAAUUCAGUGUUCAUUCUGUAAUUAACAUCAAUCUGUUGUCUUCUCCCAGUAAUUUACUCUGAACUAAAUAUAUCUGUUGAAAAUGACCUCUCUCUCUCUCCUCUCCUCUUCUCCUCACCCAUCAUCUCUCAUCAGUCCUCUCUCUCUCUCUCCCCCCUCUCUUCCCUCCUCUCUCUCUCUCUCGUCUCAUCUUGUCUCUCUAAUCUGCUCUCUCCUCGCCUUCUCUCCACCAUCUCUCUCUCGUUCUCUCUCUCUCUUCUCAUGUCGUCUCUCCUCUCCUCUCUCUCUCUCCGCCCCUCUCUUCUCCGUCUCCCUCCUCUCUCUCUCUCCUCUCUCCUCAUUCGUCCCCUCAACAUGCAUACCCCCUCGAUCUCCUCUCUCCUCCUCUCUCUCUCUCUCUCUCUCUCUCUCUCUCUCUCUCUCUAUAUCUAUAGAUCUUUUCUAUCUAUAUAUACAUAUCUAUAUAUAAGAUAUUAUAUAUAUAUGAUUAUUAUUAUUAGUAUCCUCUCUCUUCCUACCUCCAGCCAGCGUCUCUGUUGGAGAGGGCCACUCCAGUUUGGGCUCAGGGCAUCCUGUCAGCCCACAACAUUGCUCAGAGUAACCUCUCCAGGAACCAGGUGGGUCCAUCACCCUUGUCAACCACCCUGUCGACUACUGCUUUCAUGGGGAUUUAAGAAUCUAGUCUAGUAUAUAAUCUGCCUGCAAUAGCUUUAAAACUUUAGAAAGAGUCUCCAUUUGGCCAGUUGAUGGCCAGUCGUUGGCCAAGUAGUUGGCUAGUAGUUGGCUAGUAGUUGGCUAGUCGUUGGCAAGUAGUUGGCUAGUAGUUGGCCAGUAGUUGGCUAGUUAUUGGCCAGUAGUUGGCCAGUAGUUGGCUAGUAGUUGGCUAGUAGUUGGCUAGUAGUUGGCUAGUCGUUGGCUAGUAGUUGGCCAGUAGUUGGCUAGUCGUUGGCUAGUCGUUGGCUAGUAGUUGGCUAGUCGUGGAAAAACCCAGCAGCGUUGCAGUUCUUGGCACAAACCGGUGCGCCUGGCUCCUACUACCAUACCCAGUUCAAAGACACUUAAAUAUUUUGUCUUGCCCAUUCACCCUCUGAAUGGAACACAUACACAAUAAAUACAAAUCCUUCUUUAACCUGUCCCCUCCCCUUAAUCAUUCACCUGGUCAGUCUGUCGUGUGUAGUGUUCAUAAUGUUUUGUCCACUCAGUGUGUAGCGUAUUGGAACGGGAAGAGCAGGUGUUCAUAAUGUUUUGUCCACUCAGUGUCUAGCGUAUUGGAACAGGAAGAGCAGGUGUUCAUAAUGUUUUGUCCACUCAGUGUCUAGCGUAUUGGAACAGGAAGAGCAGGUGUUCAUAAUGUUUUGUCCACUCAGUGUCUAGCGUAUUGGAACGGGAAGAGCAGGUGUUCAUAAUGUUUUGUCCACUCAGUGUGUAGCGUAUUGGAACGGGAAGAGCAGGUGUUCAUAAUGUUUUGUCCACUCAGUGUGUAGCGUAUUGGAACGGGAAGAGCAGGUUGUUCAUAAUGUUUUGUCCACUCAGUGUGUAGCGUAUUGGAACGGGAAAGAGCAGGUGUUCAUAAUGUUUUGUCCACUCAGUGUGUAGCGUAUUGGAACGGGAAGAGCAGGUGUUCAUAAUGUUUUGUCCACUCAGUGUGUAGCGUAUUGGAACGGGAAGAGCAGGUGUUCAUAAUGUUUUGUCCACUCAGUGUGUAGCGUAUUGGAACGGGACGAGCAGGUGUUCAAUAAUGUUUUGUCCACUCAGUGUGUAGCGUAUUGGAACGGGAAGAGCAGGUGUUCAUAAUGUUUUGUCCACUCAGUGUGUAGUGUAUUGGAACGGGAAGCGAUAUAAAGAAUCAUCAGAGCCUUGUGACAGAUAUUGUGUGUUGUGUGUGUGUGUGUGUGUGUGUGUGUGUGUCUGUGUGUGUCAGGCGGAGGAUGAGUUGGAGAGAGCUCAGAAGGUGUUUGAGGAGAUUAAUGAAGAUCUGCAGGAGGAACUGCCCUCACUAUGGAACAGGUACGUAUCACUAUGGAACAGGUACAUAUCACUAUGGAACAGGUACAUAUCACUAUAG